AUGGAUGUUGAGCUCUACGUCUAUGACCUGUCUAAGGGUCUUGCGCGAGUGUACUCUCAACCCUUAACGGGUACUCAAAUAGAUGCCAUCUAUCACACCUCGCUAGUCAUUAGUGGGGUUGAGUAUUACUUUGGUCAAGGCAUUCAGACAGCCGCGCCGGGCAGUACUCACCAUGGCCAGCCGAUGGAAAGGGUCCACAUGGGAAAGACGGAGCUCCCCAGCGAAGUCAUUGAAGAAUAUCUUGGCUCCCUGUCUACUAUCUAUACUCCCGAGUCCUACGAUCUAUUCCUUCACAACUGCAAUAACUUUACACAGGACUUUGCCAUGUUUCUAGUGGGCAAGAGUAUCCCAGAUCAUAUCCGGAAUUUGCCUCGCACUUUCCUGGAGACGCCCUUUGGUCAAAUGAUGAAGCCUCAAAUCGAGGCCGCUCUGAAAGGUGUGACACAAGGCUCUGGACUGGGUCCCGUCCCUGGACCAAGUGCUCAGCCUGCAGCAGCAAGACCUGCUCGCGCUCCUGCGGCGCCUCCAUCAAUGGCACCGACCCCGUCGCCACUUGGCAUAGUUCGAAAUGUCAGUAGCUUGACACAACUGCAGAGCGAAUUGAGAGCCGCGUCAAACGCGUUCGCCGUAAUCUUCUUUACCUCAUCAACAUGCCCACCCUGCAAAAUUGUCUAUCCGACUUAUGACCAGCUCGCAGAGGAGGUCGGUGAAAAUGGCCGGCUCAUUAAGGUUGAUGUCGGCUCAGCCUACGACGUGAGCAGGGCAUAUAACGUGCGCUCCACACCAAGUUUCAUAUCCUUUUUCAAGGGGAAAAAACAGGAUCAAUGGGUUGGCGCGAGUCCUGCCCAGCUCAAGGGUAGAGUUCGAAUGCUCCUUGAGCAGGCAAAUCCAACUCAUCCCCAUCGGAACCUACGACUACCUAGUCUACAGCGAGAAAUCACCAAUUUCGUCAUGUACAAGAAGGUUCCGCCAUUGGAAAAGCUCGUGCAGAAGGUUCCAGCGGCAUUCAAAGAUGCCCCGAGUGUCGCGCCAGUCAUAGAAUUUGUCAAGCUCCGUCAUGCUACAAGCAAUGGCAACACUCCCGCAGCGGAUAUUCGAGUCCCUGAUCUUCACGCUUUCGCUACGACUUUGAAAUCAAUCUACACCACUCUUCCUAGCGAUAGUCACUUUGCAGUAGUCGAUCUCAUCCGCCUGCUAUUCCUCGACCCCCGUGUGAGCGGCUACUUCGCCGAGGAAACCAAUCACGCCACCCUCCUCACUCUCCUCGCACCGCUUUCCCAAGAAGACCUAUCAUCACGCCCAUACAACCUUCGCAUAGUUGCUCUCCAACUCGCCUGUAAUCUGUUCAGUACCCCACUCUACCCAGACCAACUCGCCUCGCCUUCCUCCCUCUUACGUGAAACCUGCCUCCGACUAGCGACAAACUCCCUCCUCGACUCACAAUCCAACAUCCGCGUGGUCGCCGCUUCAUUCGCUUACAACCUUGCUGCAUUCAAUCACAAUGCCCGAAUCGACGGACAUCCUGAUCGUCUCCCAGAAGAGGACCAGGUCGAAUUGACUGCAUCCUUAUUGGAAGCUGUCUCGCGUGAGGAUCAAAGCCUCGAAGCUCUACAUGGUCUUCUAUUUGCUCUGGGCCUGUUCGUUUAUGAGGCACCCGUAGAUGGUAUGUUGAUUGAUCUUUGCCGUGCGAUGGGCGUGAGAGAGACUGUUGCUGGCAAGGCCCAGAUUCCGGCUUUGCAGAAGGAACCAUUGCUUAAAGAAGUUGGGGAGGAACUGUUCGGCAAGGGGCUUUAG